UUUUAAUUUUUACUUUUAGCAUGUAUCUCCUUUGGUUUGGUAAUUUGGUGAGUUCCUCUUGUUUUGUUUAGUUUAGUGUAAAUGAUUUUUGGCCUAUCGUAGUUUACGUAUUUGUGUUAUAGGUGACUGAACAAAAAUCCAAUUAAGUGUUUAGUUUAAAAACUAAUCUUACAUUAUUUUUUCAUUUGUUAGUGCGUAUAACACUGUGUAUAGCUGCAGACUAUUGUAACCUGACCAUUUUGAGGUUAUGAGUUGUGAUCAAGAUUGAACUAUAAAUAUCAAACUUUGAUUGUUGUGGACAAACGCUUUGGUAUCUAAACAAAGCAGAAUGAACGGAGGGUCGCCAAACUUUCAGAGAGCAAGAUUUUCAGGUGGAACACCAACAAGAAGUCAUAGUUAUGGGGCCAGACAACCAUUAUAUUUACAACCAAACUGUAACUACAUGACUCCCCGAGGAGGCCGAAUGUCCAGUCCUAGGAACAAUUCUGCAAGUCCAGAUUUUAUACCCUUGGGUGUCAGUAGCCCUGUCAACAGAGCCAGACAGAGUUGGAAUCAAAGAAAUCACAGCAACAAUUCUAGUCUUUCUGGUUGGAGCUCACCUCCAAGCUCAAAUUCCAGUCUCAAUUUCAGCCCCUACAACAAGCAUGGUUCCAGAGGAAAUUUCAGGAGAAGAGGUAGUUUUAAUAACUCCAACAACUCGCCCAUCUCCGCGUAUGUGUGUAAAGAUGCAUUGGAAGAUCCUUGGUUGGAACUUGAAAAGAAAAUGAAUUUACAGCAAAUUGUGAGAUCUGCAGAGCAGCAAGAAAAGGCGUCGACUCCUACUAUUGUCCGAAGUAGUGACUCUGAUGUUUCUAGUGAUGGUGGUGAAGAGGAUGAUGGUGGAGAAUCAUAAAAUAUCAAUGUUUGUACAGAAUUCAUGAUUGUAUUUAUUUUUCUUGCAUAUUUAUAACUAUUUUUUUAAAUUUAAACGUGUCACAUAUGUCAUGUUAAUCUUUUAUUUUGAGUUGUUUUUAUACACUACGUAGAUGUAUUAUUUUAUUAAUUUUUCUUGCUUAUAUUACUAGAAGCAUUUUUAUGCAGAUUUCUUGUAUAUUUUAUUGAUUAAGUCUUUACGUUGUUUUUACCAUUUUGAGUAUUCUUACUCAUAUAAUUUUGUACAUUUUACUAUUUAUUAGUAAUAAUGCUGUGAUAUAGUAAAAUUUCCUGUACAGUGGUAAAAUUGUAAUAUUUACAAUUGUAUAUCAUGUAACAUUUUGUGAAAACUUAUUCUAUCUUAAGUUGAUAACAUUUUAAGUGUGUCAUAAACAUGCAGUACAAAAAUGUAUAAUUUUACAUGAUAGUGUUGUUUGUUAUUAGUGAACCAAUUACAAACAUUAGCCAAUAAAAAUGCUGCAUUUGAU